AUGUCCUCGUACUGUGGGUUCGACGAACGAUCGUUCGAAGACUUCGACGAGUACACGUCGGAGGACAGUGGGUUCGAGAAGAGUUACGAAUCGUACGGGGCCGAUCUGUCGUUCGUGACGCAGGUGCCGCGAAAGCUGAACUUUGAGAAUGUGGCAAUCGUCCCGCCGCCGACGAUAGGACCAACGACAGCGGGCGAAGUGGAGGAAACCAAGGCUGGGGCUGUUCGCCAGUCGCUCAAGGAUAGGAGCGGUCCACCGUUCAGCCCAAACCUUGGCCUGCAGACUUCGACCCCCACGAAACCGGACGGAGUGGCCGAAGCGAAGCCGAAGCGCAAGUACGCGAUGGGCAAAAGCCGCUUGUCGCGCAACCGGAGCCCGACGCAGGUCCAACGAAUCAAGCGAGUCCGACGGCUGAAAGCGAACGAUCGCGAGCGGAACCGGAUGCACACGCUGAACGAGGCACUGGAACGGUUACGGCUGACGUUGCCCACCUUCCCGGAGGACACCAAGUUGACGAAGAUUGAAACGCUGCGAUUCGCGUACAACUACAUCUUCUCGCUCGUACAACUGCUGGAGCUCGAUGGUACGAUCCAGUUCGACCUGGAGAAGCUCCAAAGCCUGACGCUGAGCGGCGAGCGCAUCAACAAGGAGCUGUUCGACGCGAUGUUUAUCAAUCCGUCGACGGCGGUCCACUGGGGUGCGAUGGGGUCCGGAUUUACGGCCGGCGACUUCUACAGCAGCAUGCAGCAGUUCGGAGCAUCGCUGAACGAUCGGCCGGUGGCUGGCAAAGGAUCGUUCGCCGGUGGGUCGCCCGCAGGAAGCUACUCCAAGCAGAACUACCAACUGUUUCGCGGUGCCUUCGAUGUUGCCUACAACUCGCCUUCGGCAGCUCCCACCCAAUCGUACGGACCUUACCCAGGACCUCCUCAUCAGCAGCCACAGGAGAGCCAUCAUCAUCAUCAUCAUCACCAGGCUCAACAUCAGCUCCAGCAGCGACAGAUUAGCUCCAGCCAGCAAGCCUACUACCCGGCCGUAUCACCUUGCGCUGGCAACAAAAUGGCCGGUUUCGGGCAUGGCGAUGCGUUGGGCGACACCACCACCCCCCGGCAGCGCCAGCAAUCGCCACCGGGGGCGCCCUCCAUGCACUACACCAGCAGCUUCUACAACCAGACGCCACCGUGGCGCGACGGAACCGGUGACGGAGCGUACAGCGGGCUGGACGCGAGUCUUUUCGAGGACUUCGCUGGCGGCACCACCGUGGCCUGA